AUGUCUAUCAUCUAUCGAGUGAUCAUCGCGCGCGCGAACAUCAUACAUGAUCUACGGAUUUCGUCGACGCGCGAUGAUGCAACGCGCGUCGACGCCUCUCCAUCCAUCCGAUCCAGUUCACCACCACCACCACCAACAUCGUCAUUUUCUGGUUCAACAUCGCUCACUCACUCUCUGCUUCAGGCAGGUUUAGCGCAGUCGGUAAAAGGUUCGGCUGCGACUACACGGUCGAUGGUUCGGAGUCGCCUGUGUGCCAACGAAGGAUUUGAUCGACCUCUAGAUUCUACCAAGCUUCGAAACGAAUCUGAGCUGAGGUCGAAUGCGUAG